AGACGACAUAGCCAGAAUACACUUCUUCCACGCCAAAGAGCGGAUACUCCGAGCCACCAGGAAUGCAGAGCUGCCUGAUAAAUUCCGUGACAUCAAGAUCUUCUCAGACCUGUCGGCAGAAACUCUGCAAUUCAGUAAAUCGCUGGCCCAAAUCACCACAGCUCUACACGCGCAAGGCUUAAAUUACAGAUGGGGAUACCCAGCUAAGUUGUUGGUGUACCACCAAGACGCUUUUCACUCCAUAGCGACUCUAACACAAGGCAUACGCUUACUCAAGGACUGGGGUAUCCCACUGACGGAGCAGGCGGCUCCAGGUCCAGCCAAGGUCCCCAGGUGA